AUGGUGGUGGUUGUAGAUGAUGAAGUUAGGGAAAACGAAGGAGAUCUAAUAAUGGCAGCAUCAAGUGUGACACCCAAGGCUAUGGCUUUCUUUGUUAAGCAUGGAACUGGGAUUGUUUGUGUAAGCAUGAAAGUUGAAGAUCUUGAAAGAUUGCAACUUCCUUUAAUGGUAACUCAUAAUGAAGAGAAGUUUUACACAGCAUUCAUAGUCUCAACGGAUGCAAAACAUGGUACAAUGACAGGGGUAUCGACUCAUGAUAAGGCAACAACAAUAAAAGCUCUGAUUCAAUGUUUCUAUGAGGAGGAGGUUGAUAUGUUGCUGCUCUGGUGGGUUUGUGGGAUUUGA